GACGAGUUCUCUCAGCAUGGCUCGGACACUGAGCUUCUCCUGGCUCUUAGUCUUUCUGCUCUUCCUCUCUGGACUGCAGUGUGACCAUGGUGGUAAAUCUAACAACAGGCAAAAACGGGACAUCAGCACUGACCAGCCUCGUAUGAUAUCAGAAAGUGGUCACCUCACAUUCUCUGCUGGCUACAACAAAGACAUUCGCUUCACAACCUCAGGGACAGGAAGUGUGAAGGUGGGGGCCGAGGAUCUCAUCCAGCAGAUAAAUCAGAUCAAAAUGAACAAAGAUGACAUCGAUACCAUAAAGAACAGUGGCCCUUCUCCGGAUAUUACAAACCAGCUCAAUCAGCUCAACACCAGAGUGACGACGCUUGAGACAAAAGUUCAGACAAUAGAACAGACAGUGCAGCGGAAGACGUGCAGCAGCAAUCCAUGUCAGAACGCAGGAACCUGCUUGAACUUGUUAGACGCAUUUCAUUGCCUCUGUCCUGACAACUGGCAGGGUCCUACAUGUGCAGUGGAUGUGAAUGAGUGUCAGGUGUUAGCAGGAACUCCGCUGGGCUGUCAGAACGGGGCCACAUGUGUGAACACACCCGGAUCUUUCACCUGUACCUGUACUGCAGAAUGGUACGGUCCACACUGUACAUCUCGCUAUGAUGACUGUGCAGGCGGAAGUCAGGAUCUGUGUGUUCACGGCUUGUGCAUCGAUUCAGACAGAGUCAAUCCCAAUGAGCCCAAAUAUAAGUGUAUCUGUGAUGCUGGCUGGAUGUCUCCUCCCGGAGAGUCAGCGUGCACGGCUGAUGUUGAUGAGUGCAGCCUCCCGAACAAACCCUGCUCCACAAACCCCCCUGUGCAGUGCUUCAACACUCUGGGCUCGUUCUACUGCGGCGCCUGCCCUGCAGGAUGGCAGGGUAACGGUUACAGCUGCCAGGAUGUCGAUGAAUGUGCCACAAACAAUGGAGGCUGUUCUACUUCCCCCAUGGUACCUUGUCUCAACACCAUGGGCUCCUUCCACUGCGGCCAGUGUCCUCCAGGCUAUGAGGGAGAUGGGAAGACUUGCACUCAAGCUGACAUCUGCUCCACCAACAAUGGAGGAUGUUAUCCACUGGCUACCUGUACUUCUACUCCAGGAAGUAUUAUCCCAUCAUGCACCUGUCCUCCUGGUUAUGUGGGUAAUGGCUAUGGACCUACGGGCUGUACUCAGAUCAGUGACAUCUGUGGAACUAGUAAUCCUUGUGUAAAUGGUCAGUGUGAGAAUACAGCAACUGGCUACAUCUGUCGCUGUGACCCGGGCUGGGCAGGGCAGAAUUGCGAUCAGAACGUGAACGAGUGCUCUAGCAAUCCCUGCCAGAACGGAGGCACCUGCACCGACGGCUUCAACGGCUACACCUGCACCUGCACCUCCCAGUGGACGGGCCCGCAGUGCCAAACUCCACAGCAAGAGUGUGGAGGAGUUUUGGAAAGUCCAGCUGGCACAUUCAGCUACCCUACGAAUCCUGGAACGGGCGAUUAUGAUCACCAGGUCAGCUGUGCGUGGGUUAUCAGAACCGACCCCAGCAAGAUUCUGCGGAUUACCUUCCCUUUCUUUGACAUCGAGAACAGCGCCUCCUGCAACUUCGAUUUCCUGCAGGUCCACGACGGCGAGAGCGCCUCAGCUUACAUGAUCGGGAAAUACUGCGGCACUGCCGCCCCAGCCGAACUCUUCAGCUCCCACAAUUCUCUGUACUUCUGGUUCCGCUCUGACCAUUCAGUCAGUGGUCGUGGCUUCACAGUGGCCUGGCAAUCGCAGGCACCAGUGUGUGGUGGGGAGUUGACCAACACAUACGGUGACAUCAAGUCACCCGGGUACCCAGGUAACUAUCCACCUAACCGGGACUGCUAUUGGAUGGUGAAUGUGAACCCUGGUCUGCUCAUCACAUUCGCUUUUGGCACCCUCAGUCUGGAGCACCAUGAUAACUGUAACUUUGACUACCUGGAGAUCAGAGACGGACUGCUCCCAGAAGACCCGGUUCUGGGAAAAUACUGCAGUACAGCAUCACCACCACCUCUACAGACGACGGGACCAUCUGCCUGGAUCCACUUUCACUCUGAUUUCAGCAUCAGCGAUCGGGGAUUUCACAUUACAUACACUACUUCACCAUCUGACCCGGGCUGCGGAGGCGUCUUUACAGACGCAGAAGGCAUCAUCAUCUCUCCUAACUGGCCUAAUAACUAUGCUCACAAUAGGCAGUGCAUUUAUAUCAUCAGAAUGCCACGUAGUGAACAAGUGGCACUUAACUUCACCCACAUGGACCUUGAAACUCAUAGUGGCUGUCUUUUUGAUUUUGUUGAGGUUCGAGACGGGACGGGUGAGACCGACCCACUCAUUGGGAAGUACUGUGGCUCCACCCUGCCAGCACCAAUAUUGUCCACCACUAAUGGACUCUGGAUCCGUUUUAAGUCUGACAGCUCUGUGUCCCGUGCUGGCUUCAGGGCCAUGUAUGAACUUGCUUGUGGAGGAACCCUCUCUGGAAGCGGUCAGAUUCGCACUCCCCUGCACCCUGACCCCUAUCCCCACAACAAAGUGUGUGAGUGGGUCAUUAACCAGCCCGAGGGCUAUGUGGUCACUCUCAACUUCCUCACCUUUGACGUUGAGGGAAGCAGCACAUGCGUCUUCGAUUAUGUUGAGGUGAGAGAUGGUCCCAGCAUAGACUCCCCUCUGAUUGGUCGAUACUGUGGAAUUAACAUGCCUCCCAUGCUGGAGUCCACCCAGAGGUCCAUGUUCAUCCGCUUCAAAACAGAUUCAUCUGUCUCCAACCAUGGUUUCACUGCUGAGUUUGCAUCUGCAGAGCAAGGUUGUGGAGAGACUCUUACAGAACCAACAGGUUCAUUCACCAGCCCAGGACAUCCCACUGACUACCCUCAUGGAGCCAAUUGUACCUGGUACAUCUCCGUUGAGCCUGGCAACCUCAUCCGUCUGUCAUUCACAACCUUCAACCUGGAGUAUCACACCAACUGCGCAUACGACUAUGUGGAUGUCUACGAUAAUGGCACAGCGCUGACUGGCACUCUUAUGGGCAGGUUCUGUGGGCGCUCCGUUCCUCCAUCUCUAACCAGCACUGAUAGUCUGAUGACCGUCCUGCUGGUCUCUGACUCCAGUCUGUCUGCGGAAGGCUUUUCUGCUGAAUAUGUCUCCAUCAAUGCGAGCACAGAUUGCAGUGAGGUGUUUAGGUCACCCACCGGGGAGUUCAGCUCACCCAACUACCCUGACAAUUACCCCAACAAUCGGGAGUGUGUGUAUAAAAUCAUAGUGGAAGUCAACAUGCAGAUCAUGCUGAAUGUCACAGAUUUUGAGCUGGAGGGGUUCAGUUCCUGUGGUUUUGACUAUUUAGAGAUCAGAGAUGGAGGCUAUGAAACAUCCCCCCUGAUUGGUAAAUAUUGCGGAACAAAUGGUCCACCCAUCAUAGUGUCACAUAGCAACAGACUGUGGCUGAAGUUCAGAUCUGACCACUCACUCACCUACAGGGGAUUCAAAGCCCACUGGGAUGGCACACAGACAGGUUGCGGUGGGACGUUGACAACAAGUGUGGGAGGUUUCACCUCUCCCAACUACCCCCUGCCGUAUCACGCCAACGCCGAAUGCUACUGGCACAUCAAAACCAGUGCAGGAAGCACAGUGGAGCUCAGCUUUGGAGACUUUCACCUGGAGAACAGCAUCAACUGCUACUACGACUACUUGGCGGUGUAUGAUGGUGACAGCACCAGUUCUCCUGAGGUGGCCAAACUGUGUGGAAAUCAGAUUCCUCCUCCCAUCAGCUCCUCCCGAGACAACAUGUACGUGAAGCUACGUACAGACAGCAUCAUCCACACAGGCGGAUUUCUGGCUAACUACCAAACCAUUUGCCAGGGUGUGCUGAUCGCCAACCGGAGCCGGGGAAAGAUUGAGAGCUUGAACUUCCCCAAUGACUACCCAUCUCGUGCCGACUGCAGCUGGACCAUCCAGGCCUCCAUGGGCAACACCAUCAACUACACUUUUAUAACCUUUGAGGUGGAGCACCACGUUGGAUGUGCCUAUGACUAUGUGAAGCUCUAUGAUGGUCCAAACGAUCAGGCUACUCUGAUUGGUACGUUCUGUGGGAACACGCCUCCUCCAGCCAGCACCACCACCGGUACCAGCCUCCACAUUGUGUUCCGCUCCGACAUGUCUGUCUCAUACAGAGGCUUUCAGAUGGACUGGUACCAGAAUGGUUGUGGUGGGGAACUCUUCGGGCCCACUGGUGCUUUCACCAGCCCAGGCUAUCCGGACAAAUACCCAGCAAACCGUGAGUGCAUCUGGCACAUCCAAACAAGCCCUGGAAGUAGCAUUUCCAUCACCAUCCUUGAGUUUGAUGUGGAAUAUCAUCCUGACUGCAACUAUGACAAGCUGGAGGUGUACGGAGGGCCUGACCUCUCCUCCCCACGAUUGGCCCAGCUCUGCACCACACGCCCUCCCAAUAACCCUCUGCAGGUGGCCAGCACAGGUAACACUGUCACCGUUCGAUUCACAUCUGAUGCCGUCGUGAGUGGCAGAGGCUUCAAUGCAACCUGGGUAGAAGUUCCUGGAGGAUGUGGAGGGAUCGUCACAGCCCCCAAUGGAGAGAUCCACUCUCCGCAGUAUCCCAGCAACUAUCCUGACAAUGUGGACUGUUCCUGGGUCAUCACAGUGGACGUAGGCAAUCGAGUCUUCUUCAACUUCACUGAUCUGGAUCUCGAAAGUCACAGCUCAUGCAGUUUUGAUUACGUGACUAUCCAUGAUGGUCACCAUGAGUCUUCUCCACUCCUGGGUAAAUUUUGUGGAGUCUCCAGGCCUUCUCCCAUUACGUCCACAAGGAACGUCAUCUAUGUUCGCUUCAGGUCAGAUCACAAUCAGAACCGUAAAGGCUUCAGUGCCCAGUUCUCAGAAGCAUGUGGAUCCACUAUAGCUGCUGAUGAUGUGGGUGGUGAGAUUGCAUCUCCUCGUUAUCCAUAUUCUUACCCACCCAAUCAGAACUGUAGUUGGAUCAUACAGGCACAGGAGCCAUUCAAUCAUGUGACUUUGUCCUUCACUGACUUUGAGGUUGAGAUGGUGAAUAGUAACUGCUCUCAUGAUAGUGUGGAGAUCCUGGAUGGAGACAAUUACCAAGCCCCAUCUGUUGGUCGGUACUGUGGGAAUGAGUUGCCACACUCAGUCACUUCAUUCAGCAAUGCCCUGGUGGUAAACUUCAUCUCAGAUGCUUCAGUAGGGAGGAAAGGUUUUAGGGCAACCUACAUGGCCUCAACCUCAGGCUGUGGGGGACAUCUGUAUAUGGAGUCAGGUGCUUUUAACAGUCCGAACUAUCCUGAUGUAUACCCACCUAAUGUGGAGUGUGUAUGGACCAUCACCAGUUCCCCUGGGAACCGUCUACAACUGUCCUUCAUAAUGUUUCAGUUGCAACAAAGUUCAGACUGCAGUAGUGACUACCUAGAGGUUCGUGAAGGACAUUCCACUGGUACUCUGGUUGGUCGUUUCUGUGGUGAUUCCCUUCCUUCCAACUACACCUCUAUAAUGGGCCACAUUCUUUGGAUCAAGUUUGUCUCUGACUCCUCAGUCAGCGGAGCUGGAUUUAGAGCAGUAUUCUCCCACUUGUAUGGAAAUGACAUCACGGGCAGCUCGGGACAGAUAGCCUCCCCGCUUUACCCACGCACCUACCCAAACAAUGCAGACUACCACUGGACCGUCACAGUGGACUCAGAUUCCCACAUCCAGAUUCAAUUCCUGGACAUUGACAUAGAGGACCUAUUCAAUUGUUAUUAUGACAAGCUCAAGAUAUAUGAUGGUCCCAGCACCAGUGCUUUACUUAUGGGUGAGUUCUGCGGCCUGACUCUGCCCAACCCAGUAAGAAGUUCAGGCAGCACUAUAACGCUUGAAUUUAAAUCUGACAAUGUGAUUGGAGGAAAAGGCUUCCUGCUUGAGUGGACUGCUGUUCAGGGCUCCGGUCCUUUGCCAACUAUACAGCCAGGAGCAUGUGGAGGAACAUUGAUGACAGGAGACAAUCCCCAGUUCUUAUUCUCUCCUGGUUGGCCCGAGCUGUAUCAGCAUAACCUUGACUGUUCAUGGGUGAUCCGGUCUCCAAAUUCUAUCGUUGAGUUUAAUCUGCUUUCUCUGGACAUGGAAGAUGAGGUUUUGUGUCUCCAUGACAGUCUAUCCAUCAGGGAUGGUGACACCAACUUGUCUCCACUGAUUGCAAAGGUUUGUGGGCGGGAGCUGCCUGGCUCUCUGCACUCUAAUGGUGAUGCCAUGUUCCUUCGAUUCACCUCUGAUGGCAGCAUUAAUGGCAGGGGCUUUAAUGCCACCUUUUCCAGAGGUUGUGGUGGGUUCCUCCAUACAGACAGAGGGGUCCUAAGUUCUCCUCAAUAUCCACAGAACUACAAGCCCAACAUGAAUUGCAACUGGCAAGUAAUGGUCACCUCAGGGUUUAGAGUGUCCAUAACCUUCCAAAGUCCUUUCCAAAUACAGGGUUAUGGCGAUCACUGCAGCUCAGGUGACUACUUGGAGUUACGUAACGGACCUGAUGGCAACUCACCGACUCUAUCAGGACGUCUCUGUGGGUCCAGUGCUCCAUCCACAUUUCAAACCACAGACAAUAGCCUCUAUGCCCACUUUGUCUCUGAUGGCUCUAAUGAGGCGAGUGGCUUCAAAUUUGUAUUUGAGGCCCACAGUUCAGCUUGUGGUGGUCUCAUUGAGCUUAAUGAUGGAGAUCCACCAGGAUACAUCACGUCUCCUAACUAUCCAUCAAACUACCCCCAAAAUAUUGACUGUGUAUGGAUAAUCACUGUACCCAAUGGAGAGGCUGUACAGCUUGACUUUGAGGAUGAGUUCUACAUUGAGGCCCAUACUGGAUGUAUGUAUGAUUACAUUGAGAUCCGUGAUGGUCCCACAUCAGAUGCUGCUUUGAUGGGCAGACUUUGUGGCAACACCCGCCCAUCCACACAGCAUUCAUCCGGCACCACCAUGUAUAUACGAUUCAGAACUGAUGGCAGCGUCACACAUAUUGGUUUCAAAGCCAAGUACUCCAUUGCUACAUGUGGAGGUACCUACAUUGGUCAGAGUGGUAUCAUCAGAAGCCCCGGUUAUCCAGACUCAAAUUAUCCAGACAACUCUAACUGUGAAUGGUACUUGGAAGGUCCCACUGGACACUAUCUGACCUUCACCUACACUGCCCUUGACCUGCAGAGCUCCUCCAAUUGUAACAAUGACUAUGUGGAGAUACGUGAAUACAAUGCUUCAGGUCGCCUGCUGGGGAAACACUGUGGAAACAGCGUUCCAACCCCCCUGGACACUGGAGACAGUUUUGCCUAUGUAAAGUUUGUCAGUGAUGGCAGCGGGAAUGCUGCAGGGUUUAGUUUAUUGUUUGAAGCCAGCGUCGAAGAAUGUGGAGGGGAUCUGAACGCACCAUUUGGAACCAUAUCAUCUCCCAACUACCCCAAUCUUUACCCUCACAGCCGAGUAUGUCGCUGGAGAAUCACUGUUCCUCCCGGUCGUAGGGUCACUUUUACGAUCAAUGACCUGAGGCUGGAGGAGCAUGGCACCUGUAUGUUUGACUAUGUGGAGGUCAUCAAUGGUCUGACACCCAGUGCCCCACAUUUGGGUCGGUUAUGUGGGACAGUCCCUGCUGGUACCCAGUUGAAAUCUUCUGGGAAUACUAUGCUUGUAAUUUUCAGCACUGAUUCAUCUGUGUCUAAUGGUGGAUUCACGGCAGAUUACUCUUCAGAAGAGGCAGCAGUGUGUGGUGGAAUACUCAGUCAACCUGGAAACUUCACCUCGCCUGACUUUGGCAAUGGAAACUACAGCAACAACCUGAACUGUGAAUGGCUGAUCCAGAACCCACAUCAUAUGAAUUCUUCCAUUGUGGUUAUAAUAGAUGAGCUCCAUCUAGAGCAUCACCAAACCUGCGAGUGGGACUACUUGGAGUUCAGACUGGGAGAUAUGAAUGGAGAACUUUUGGCUCGUUUAUGUGGUCAAUCCUCUCCUACGAUCCCCAUAGUAGUGUCCACCCCUGAACUCUGGGUUCACUUCCUGUCCGAUGAGGCUGUGGGUGACCUGGGCUUCAAAGCCACGUAUUACUUUUCAGAAUGUGGAGGGUCACAAAGUGGAGAGGGAGGUGCCAUCUCUAGCCCUGGAUAUCCCAAUAACUACCCCAGCCCGAGCCGCUGUACUUGGUUUCUCGAAGCUCCGGUGGGCCACACUAUCAUUCUCACUUUUACAUACUUUGAAGUGGAGGAACACAGCCAGUGCACCUGGGAUUCAGUGACUAUCUUCAAUGGAGCCUCGCCAGGAUCCCCAGUUAUUGGUCAAUACUGUGGCCACAACUCUCCAGGAACUAUCCAAUCAGGCUCCAACAAAUUAGUUGUUUUGUUCCUUGCUGAUCAUACAGUGUCCAGAGGAGGAUUUACUGCCACCUGGUCAACGGACUCAUCAGGAUGUGGAGGAAUUAUCCAUGCUGAUACAGGCACCAUCAAAUCUCCCAAUUAUCCUCAGAAUUUCCCAGCCAAUACUGAAUGUUCCUGGACCAUCAUUGCCCAUGAUGGAAACCAUCUAGAGAUGGGCUUUGCCAGUGACUUCCAGAUCCCAGACUCAAGUGGACAGUGUCAAAACAGUUACAUCAAGGUGUGGGCUGACAAUGUACAGAAUGAUGAGAAUCUCUUGACCACUGGUUGUGGCACUACAGCCCCAGCUGCAGUCAUUGCCCCCCGAAAUGUUAUUACGGCUCGUUUCCAGUCCUCAGAUACACCUGGCAAAGGCUUCUCUGCUGCAUUCUACACUAGUUGUGGGGCCAAUUUCACAGCUUCAACUGGCCGUGUCGUUUCUCCAAACUACCCAGACCACUACCCGGGAGGCUCCAACUGUAAUUACAUUAUUGAUGCUGGAGAUCAGACCGUGAUUGUGCUUACUUUUAAAACUUUCCAGAUAGAGGCACACUCCACAUGUGUCUAUGAUGGUGUAAAGAUCUAUAGUGGCAUCACCACCAGUGGUGUUCCCUUGGCUACUCUUUGUGGAAAUACCAUCCCAGGCAUCUUCACCACAUUUGGACCAAUGCUCAUCAACUUCUACUCUGAUUCUAUCAUCCAUGACAAUGGCUUCCUGGCAGAAUACAGAACCAUACCAUGCGGUGGUGUGUUUAAUGGCACUUCUGGGACAAUCAGCAGUCCAUCUCAUUCUAUCACCAACUACCAUCACAACAUCAACUGCACAUACUACAUAUAUGUUCGUGACAACCGUGUCAUUAAUCUCAAGUUCAACUCUUUCAGUCUGGAAGCCUCCUCGACCUGCCGCUAUGACUAUGUGGCGGUGUAUGAUGGAGAGAACACUCUGGCCCCACUAGUGGGGAAGUUCUGUGGACGUGAACUACCGCCCAACCUCAGAUCUUCAUCCAAGCACCUGUUUCUCGAGUUUGUUACAGACUCGUCGGUUGCGGCAGAGGGUUGGAGAGCAACGUACAGUCCUCAGCAGGGCUGUGGCGGUUACUUGUCUUCUUCCCCUACCGGAACGUUUGGUUCUCCUGAUAUUGACAUGAAUGGUCAGUACGAGCCACGUAUGGACUGUAUGUGGACCAUUGCAGUGGAGGUCAAUAAAGGCAUUAACCUCACAUUCACAUCCUUUGAGCUCGAAGACUCCACUGGAACCCUCUGCAGAUAUGAUUAUGUCAAGAUCUAUGAUGGUGACAGUGCUAGUUAUCCACUGGUUGGCACAUUCUGUGGAGAUGUAGUACCUGCCCCCUUCGUCUCGGCCAGUAACUUCCUGACUGUGCACUUCAUCUCGGACGGCACUGUUCAACGCCGUGGCUUCAUUGCCACCUACAGCACAGUGGACCGUCUUUGUGGUGGAGCAUUCAAUGCCACAGCAUCAUCUCAGACCAUCACAUCCCCAUAUUACCCCAACGCCUACCCGCCGUUCGCCUCUUGCCGCUGGGUGCUGGAUGCUCCUUCUCAGGAGGUGGUGAAAGUGUCUGUUCAGCAGUUUCAUCUGGACUCCAGCCAGAGCUGCACCAGCAACUUCCUGGAGUUUAAAGACUUCCCUGUGGGAGAUUAUGGACAGGCUCAUAAGUUCUGCGGCACUGACUCACAUGUGCCAGACUUCUACAGUUAUGGCCGCACCAUGCACAUCACCUUCAAAUCAGAUGUCUUCAUGACUGGCGACGGAUUCAGCCUCACAUAUCAGGUGGCAGGUUGCAGCAGGGUGUAUGAACAGGAAUACGGUUACCUGAAGAGCCCAGGCUGGCCUGACAUAUACCCUCAUAGUCUUGAAUGCAGCGUCGUACUGCAGGCCCCUCAGAACAGCGCCAUCUCUCUGUUCUUCACCAGAUUUGAUGUGGAAAAUCAUCCGUGCAGGGUGUAUGAACAGGAAUACGGUUACCUGAAGAGCCCAGGCUGGCCUGACAUAUACCCUCAUAGUCUUGAAUGCAGCGUCGUACUGCAGGCCCCUCAGAACAGCGCCAUCUCUCUGUUCUUCACCAGAUUUGAUGUGGAAAAUCAUCCUUCCUGCAACUUCGACUAUCUUGAGGUCAGAAACGGCAGUACUGCCACAUCGCCUCUGUUAGGGAAGUACUGUGGAAGCACACUGCCCAAUCCUGUCUUCCCAGGAAGCAACCAGCUCUUCCUAUAUUUCAAGAGUGACUUUACUACAGCCCGUAAUGGCUUUGAGAUCACCUGGACUUCCUCUCCACAGGGUUGUGGUGGUGUGUUAUAUGGAGACCACGGCUCUUUCGCCAGUCCAAACUACCCUGGCACUUACGCCAACGGCACUUCCUGUGAGUGGGGAAUUAGGGCUCCUAGCGGCAGAGUGGUUACGGUCACAUUCAACCAGAUCAGCAUUGAUGAUCCAGGAGACUGUGAGAACAACUUCUUGAAGCUGUAUGAUGGACCGGAUGCUAAUUCACCUGUUGUUGGGCCGUACUGUGGAACGGAGACAAAUAUCGCUCCUUUCAGAGCUUCUUCAAACCUUGUGUUUGUGAAGUUCUCAGCCCAGUCUGCCGUUCUCCCGUCUGGGUUCAGACUCACCUGGAGCAGCUGAGAAGAAAUUUGAAAAAUAAAUAUUCAUACAUACACACACGCACACACUGAAACUUGU